AUGAGUCCAGUUAAUAAAGGAGCUAAGCACAGAUUGGGGGGUGAAAGGGUUAAGAAAGUGACCAAGAAACCCAGAAUUGCCGUUGAUUCUAGUGAUGAAGAUUACCCUUCUUCUGACAAUGAUCAUUUAACUGAUCAGGAAGGUGGUGAUGAUGAUGAUGAUCUGGAUGAUCUGGAUGAUAUUAUCUCUGACAAGGAAGAAGAGGAUGGUGAUGAUGGACAGACAGAGCAGAAGUUAAAAGAAGGUGGGCAGCACGUAGAACAAAGGAAAUUAUUAAAGGAAAGAAAGAUGCAACGUAAAUCCGGUGUUGAGGUUCAGCAGAUUAAAUCUUUAUGGGAGAAGCUUCGUGUUAAACAACCACCAAUGCCAAGGGAAGUCCGUGAAAAGUUUUCCAACCAGGUUUGGGAAUUAUCUAAAGAUUGUAUAUUAGAUCUGGUAUUGAAACAUGAUGCUUCCAGAAUCGUUCAGACUCUUGUCAAAUACUCACCUCGGGAACGUCGGGAACAAAUAGUGGAAGCAUUAAAGGGUAAAUUUUAUGUUUUGGCUACAUCAGCUUAUGGUAAAUAUUUGUUGGUAAAAUUGUUACAUUAUGGUACUAAGCAUUCCAGACAAAUUAUUAUUGAUGAAUUACAUGGUAAUUUGAGGAAGUUGAUGAGACAUAGGGAAGGAGCCCAUGUUGUAGAAGAUUUGUUUGUACUGUAUGCAUCUCAAGAACAGAGAAAUCAGAUGAUUAGAGAAUUUUGGGGUUCUGAAUAUUCUGUCUUUAGAGACGCACAUAAAGACUUGACUAUCGAACAAGUUUGCGAAAGCAGUGUUGAAAAAAGAAACAUUAUUGCAAGAAACUUGGUUGGCACGAUCACAGCAUCUGUUGAAAAGGGUUCUACUGGGUUUCAGAUUCUUCAUGCAGCAAUGAAGGAGUAUAUUAAAAUUGCCAAUGAAAAGGAAAUAUCUGAAUUUAUUGAAAUUUUGCAAGACCAGUUUGCUGAAUUGGUUCAUACUGCAGAAGGUUCCGAUGUUGCUUGUGUAUUGAUUUCUAAGGCCAAUGCAAAGGAAAGAAAAUCUAUUAUCAAAAACUUGAAAGAUCAUGCUGAGAACUUAAUUAAAAAUCAGUAUGGUAAUCAGGUAUUUAUUACCUUGUUGAUGACAGUGGAUGACACAGUUCUGUUGUACAAAGCUUUUGCACCCGUUGUUAAAGAUAAAUUGAAGGAUUUCCUUGUCGACAAAUGGGGAAGACGUCCAUUCUUGUAUAUUAUUGUUGGUUUAGAUGGGAAAUAUUUCUCGCCAUUAAUUAAACAAGAUUUGGAAAGAUAUAUUGAAUUAUCUAAUACCACCUCAAAAAAACCAUUUGAACAAAGGAGGUUAGAAUUAUUGAAAAAAUUUGGUUUAUUGUUCAUCGAUUGCUUAUCUGAUGAACUGCCAAUAAUUUUGAAAGAUAGCAUGGGAUGUCAGUUUGUCUCAGAAAUUGUUACUAAUGACGAAUUGUACCAGCAACUAUCUGAAGAACAUAAGACUAAAUUCCAAGAAUUAAUUGAUGCAAUUGUAAUCUCCUUUAAGGGCGAUAUAUCCGAAGAAGAGCAUCCCAUUCAUAGACCAUUUUCUGUUAGAUUGCUAAAGUCGAUGAUACAAGGUGGUAAAUGGAAUAAUAAAGAAAAGAUAUUAAUACCAUUAGCCCAAGUUCAAGGCCUUGGCAUUCCUUUUGCCCAGAAAUUCUAUGAUGAAAUAAUCGAUUCUAAUAAUCUUCUUGACUGGAUUAAUAACCCUAGUAGCUCUUUUACCAUCGUAUCCCUAUAUGAUACACUACAUGCCAAAAAGCAAGGGACUCAAUUCAUGAAGGACCUGAAGGCAUUAAAGAAGAAAGAAAUCCAUGGAAAUGAAGAUAACAAAGGAGCCCAGUUAUUAUUAAACUUACUAAAGCAAGAAAAGUAA